AUGAAUUUCAAGUUUCUCCUUCUAACCUUCACCCUCGGCGUCUUCGCUGCCGAGCCCUCUAUCCCACCAUUAUUCGCUUCCCGGUUCGGGAAGCCCAGCCCAAACAUCACCUUCACGGACGCAAAUGGUACAUCUCAUACCCUCUACAACAAUGACUGGGAACCCAACUACGCCGCCAUCCAAACCAGAUCCAACCUAGAGACGCGCUUCAAGACGGGCGGUUUUCUCGACAAGUGCAAGAACAUCCGGUACUACCUCAGCAAGGCAGACGACAAUAACCCGCGCAAGAAUGGCUAUACCAACGGCUACAAAAGCUCACCCUGGCUUGUUGCUGAGUGCCCUGACAAGAACGGGAACUAUCUUUGUACUUGGCUUGAACUGGGUAAGUGCCUCAUCAACAUGGACGGGGAGCUGUACCAGGGUAAAAACGGAAACUUCCAUCAAUCUUGCACGCAAUGCAACAUCCGAGAAAACGGUCGUUGGUUCAACUGUGGCUGCUGGACCAAGUUACCCAAGGGAACUGUUCAGUGGGACGACAUCAAGAACCGUUUGAAGAGAACGACCAUUGAUCUGAAUGUUGCCAUCGGAGCCCAAGACGGCUACCUGUACUGUCACGGAAACUGGGGGGUCAAGGACUUUUGCAGCGGAAGACCUUCGAAUGAUCCUUUCUCAAUCAAGUGCGAUGACAAAGGUAUGGAGACGUACUGCUGGCAGUAGAGAAGAUGAUGGGGUUUGGGUAUUUGCGUAUUAUUCUUCGCUACAUUCGUUUGAGAUCCAUUUUAGGUAUCAUUGCCCUUUUUCAGGGUUAUUUUAGAGAAUUGCGUUGAGGGACGUGUAUCGCCUCAAUUCAAUUGACACA